AGGUACACUGUAAAAAUUUGCUGUAACUCAUGCAGUAAAAUACUGUGAUUUACAACAGUAAUAUGUUGUAAUAACGAUUUUACGAUAAUUAACUGUAUAAGUACGUUGCUGUACAGUAUAUUGCUGUAAACAUCAGUGUCGUAGAGCAUGGGAACAAAUAUCUACAGUAAGCUAGUGUAAAGGAGCGUGCAAAAAGCAUUGUGGGAUACAGCGCACAUGCGCAUUAGGCGGAUCGGCUGCAUAUGCGCGUAUGCGUUGCACGUGAUUGGCUCCCGCGCUAGCCCGGCCGCCACGCCGCGCCGCCAUUUUUAAUUUUCUGCAAAGAUUUGAGCUGAGAUAUAUAGCUGAGCUGGCCGGCCUGAUCCUGAGCAACGAAUCUGAAUCUGUUCUGUUCCUGGUCCUGAUCCUCGAGCUGGGAUAUUGAUGACCAAUAAGUCAAUUCCAAGGGGAUCCGAGUAUGCCAUGGAUUACUGCUGAAGUCACACAGUGUGCAUGCUGAAACACUAAUCAGACGGAUGCUCUACAUGGACAUCAUAUACCCAUGUACGUUUGUAAGCUAUGUAAUCAUUCUUCUGGAUCAUUGAAGCGGUUUUCUGAACACUUUUCAGUCCAUAGAAAUGUGGUGAAUUUCGAUUUCCCGUGUGGUGUUCCUGGCUGCAAUCGAACAUUCAGAAAUUAUUCAUCCUUCAAAACCCAUGUGCAUAGGGAUCAUCAACCAUUUUCAAGAAAAAAAGAUGCCCAGUUUUUCUGCGUUUCUACCUGGAAUUGUCCACUCUGUGCUGUAAAAUGUGAGGAAAUCCAUGACAUACUUUCUCAUCUUAGAGUUCAUAUCAAACACGGAGUUGAAAUACGCUGUCCUUUUGCCAAUUGCAAAAAACGUUUUUCAGUGAGGUCGUCUUUUGCGUCACAUAUAUCAAGAGUUCACAAUAAGUUAGACCAGAUUCAGUUAGACUCAACUUCAAGUGAAACUGGUACUGUGUUAACUGAAUCCGCCCAAGAAAAUAAUCAGGAGUUUCCUGGAAGACUGCACUCAAGUGACGAGGAAAGUGUGACAGAUGAUGAAGUAGAUGUAUCCGCUGACUCAUUCAAACACAGCUUAUCCUUGUUUUAUCUGAAGUUGGAGGCAAAAUUACUACUGCCCAACUCUACAAUUCAGGAAAUAAUUGACACAGUUCAGGAUAUUCAUGCAUUAAGCCAACAAAAUUUGAUACCAAAAUUAAAAAAGAAACUUGAAGGAAUAGGAAUUACCGAUGAUGAGGUUACCAACGUUUUAACUUUAUUUAAAUCUGAGGAUUUGUUCAGUGCUUCAAAUUGUAAAGAAUUUCGAUCAGAGUCUACAAGAAAAUCACAUUUUAAAGCAGUUUUUGAUUAUGUUUCCCCAACUGAGAUAUAUUUAGGAGAAGAUCAGUUUGGCAAACAGCGAUUUUGCCAAUACAUUAAAAUUCAAGACACACUAAGAGCAUUAUUCAAGCAGAACUCAUUUAUCAAAGAUUACAAAGAGACUCAUAAAGCUCAACCUGCUUUACAAAGGACCAUUCUACGUGAUGUUUAUGAUGGCAGAGCAUUCCCAAAAGAUGAGCCUUUGCAUAAAAACUCAGCAGUAACACUCAUAUUGUACCAAGAUUCUUUCGAAGUAGUCUGUACAUGCAAUACACCUUUAUUUUAAUAAAUUUAAUAAGUCAUGAAAUAAAUGAAUUUGCCAAAUAUUAGGCCUAUAUUUAAGUAACCUAUAUUUUAUUUCGACAUAUUUCAAGUUAUAUAAUAAUAUAUUUUUUUUAAGUAACUUAUAUUUUAUUACGAUAUAUGUUACGUUAUAUGGUAAUAUGUUUUUUUAUCAUAUUUAAUACGUAGCAAUAUUGUAGCUAAACGAAUUUCAUAAUUUUAUGUUUUCAUUUUACAUGUACACAAAUUGAUCAUAUUUUCUAUUUUCUUUGUUCAUUGUGCACAUUGGUAAUUCUAUUUCAUUAAUUUCUGUAUAUCAUGUAUAUUUUCUUAUUGUCAAGUAUGUUUUACGGUUUUUGUUAUUUUGCACAGCCCCUUUGUAAACCAGCCGAGUAGCUGAAUAGGGCUUUUACCGUCAAUAAAUCAAUCAAUCAAUCAAUUGAAUGACAGCUCAUGAAGUUGAAACAAGUUUCUGUGCAGAAUUGGCAUGUAAAUGAGACAAAAAUACAGAAGAAUAUGAAACACGUAUUAAAGAUUACAAGUUUAAUAUAACAGAGCAACUCAAAUUAAAUGGGGUAUUAGUUCAAAAGAUAAAUUAAACAAAAAUAAAGUGAGUAAUGUCUUUUGGAGAGAUUCUACCAGGUAUAGAGAGUUUUCCUUGAUUCUGCCAGGUAUAUGGAGACUUUUCAUUGAUUGUAUUCUGAUAGUAGUUGUCGUUUAAUAGUGGCUUUAAAGGAAGAUAAAAGUGUAUAAAAUAUGUCUUGUUUACAAUUGAAGAUAAUUCUUUACAAUAGUUUUUUACAAUUCAGAAUUUUAAAGUGAACAUAUUGUUGUCUGUUCGACAAAUAAUUUUUGACCCAAGAAAGUGCAGUGCCCCUAAGCCAUACGUUGUGAUUUAGCAUAUCAAUGCCUUAAAGCCGCUAUGUCUGCACAAUUGCAUGUGUUAUUCUGUCGUAUAAUUAAAUUAAUGCUAGGUCGGGUGAAUGAUUUUUUUUAAAGCCAUAUUGGUUGGGAUUAAGCAAGUUAUGUGUAUUUCAGAAUUGGUAUAAUCUAAACAAUUUUUUCAAGAAUUUUUGAGAUACUGGAAGGAUGACUAUGGGUCUGUAGAUUCUUGAGUACUUGAACUUUUGCAGUUUUUAGUGGUUUUACUUGUUUUAAUGUUUUACUUGAUAGUUUCUUUGCAAGCAUUUUCAUAAUGUUACACUAUUUGAGAAACUUGUUUUAUGGAGCGUUGAUUACCCAAUAAAGACUUUAAUAAUGA